GAGAACGAGCUGCCAAUCGUCAUGCCGAGAGUGACGAUUGUCGAUGAGAGAGAGAAUCAGCGUCGUCGCUCGAGGUUCGAGCGCGACUCCCAACGCACGGACUUCAUCAGAGCACGUGCAUCUCCAUCACCAUCGCGCUCUCUCACCUCGACAGCAACCAAUCUCUCACCAUCGCGCAACAUGAGCCAGUCAAGAGAGAUGUCUCAGAACGGCGGUGCUUCAAACGACAAUGGUGUUGGACCACACCCCUCCUUCAUCCAAGUUGCCAAUCCAUACAUCUUUCAGCAACAGUUGCAGAACUCUUUGAAUGCUCUUGGCGCAACUGAACAUAAGGAAGACAGCAUUCGUCUCCAGGGCGUCCACUACAUCGACAGUGUGAGAAAGGCCCUGCAACUGCCUAUCCGCACUUUCAACACUGCUGUCGUCUACUAUCACAAAUUCCGCCUGGUCCAUGCCGAUAGCGAAUACAUGUGGGCUGUAAGUGAUUCAUGGUCUGCACAAUUUGACUCGAAGUUUUUGCUAAUUUCUGGUAGNGAUGCUGCCGCUGCCGCGCUGUUCACUGCCUGCAAGAUCGAGGACACUCUCAAGAAGUCCCGCGAAGUUCUUUGCGCCGCUUGGAACCUGAAGCUUCCCUCCUCGGAGCACCUGAGUCCUGAUGANCCCGGUACGUUUGUUUUCGCUUUGACUGUCGUACUCGAUAUUCAUGAAAACCAGGUUUUUGAACAGCCAUCCAAGACUGUGGUUGGCAUCGAGCGUCUCAUGCUCGAGUCUGCAGGCUUUGACUUCAGAACUAGACAUCCCCAGGAAACCGUCGUCAAGAUUGUCAGAGACUCGGGAUGGCCCAAGGACACGCUGGGCAGAAUCGCCUACAACAUGUCUAUUGACAUUUACCGCACCUUUGCACCUCUGAAGCAGACCUCUCAGACCAUGGCAAUCGCUUGUGUUGAACUGACUGCACGCCUCUUGAACCUGACCACAGACUCCAACAUGGAAGCCGUUGUGGGUCCCGAGGGUAUCAGCCUCGAGAAAUGGUCUACCACUCGUGGCGAAAUUAUGGAGACCAUGCUGGAUCUGCUCGAUCUCUUCACCCACCACCGCCAUGCCACAAUUGUCGGUAACCAAUUCUCCAUCGACAACUACAUCGCCAUCCGCAUCACCUUGAACAAGGAGGCCACCGCUGCCAACCUCCCUCGCUACACCGAGACCAUCGAUGCACCCAAAUCGGUGCUCAACGGUGCAGCCAAUGGCGCUUCCAAGCACUCGCCAGUGUUCCCGGCUCUCCCUGGCGCCUCGAACCAGAGCCCCAACACUCCUCCUGCAAUGGGCCCCACCUCCGCCACGGGUGCGCGCAGCAGAGUCGGUGAGCGCGGCAAGGACGGCACCGUCCGUUUUAUGCUCUCCGCUGAGCGCGCCCGUGGCGAGAAGGAGGUGGUGGCAAAGUUNUUUGCCGACGACGAGUACGAGACCUACGAGGAGGAGGUCGAUGUCCCUCUGGGCCAGUAA